UUUGAAUUUAUUUACGAUAGAUAGUUCUUGGUAUACAUAUGUCGCAUCAUGGAUUUUGUCAAAGGUAGAACUCAUACUGAAAUUGGACUGCAACAUUUGGAUUAUGGACAUGUGAUUAUUGGUGGAGGCUUCGUCGUUUCACCGUUCAGCAUAUUAAAAAACUUUCAAUUUUCGAGAAGUUUGUCUUUUGACGUUUAUCAUGAAUUGAUGAAUAAAAACGGUCUCCACCAAAGUUUGAUGGCAUUCAUGAGAUGGCAACAAAUGGAAUAUCUUCCUUCUUAUUAUGAAGGGGAUUCUGGCGCGAUCCCGAGAUAUAGAGCAUUCGUGAAACGCCCUUAUCGUUUAUUUCACUACAAUUUGCCUAUUGGGAAAACAUCCCUCAAUUUUGAAAAUGUCAUGGUGGAUAUGGUUACUAAAAAACCAGUGGUUUGUGCUACUGGUAUGUUCGUUAAUAUUGAUCCUGAAAAAAGAAGGCCAGCACCAUUUCCAAAAUGCCUACAAGAGCAUUAUACGGAGGAAAAUUGUGAGAAGGUUCCAUUUAAUUACCAAAAAAUGGAACCAAAAUGCUCUGUUAAAUACGAUAAGCCUCAAAAUGUUGUGUCGCACACCCUAACGAGCAAGGUUGUUAGUCGACUGGUGGAUUCAUACAAACACAUGAAUGACUGUUCUUAUGUUAUUCUUUGUUUUGAUUGCCUUUCUGAUGCAAUUUUCAGCAAUGUUUUCUUGUUAAAGGGUUCAAUUAUGGAUUAUAGAAUCCGUCGUGUGUCUUUGCUUUAUCUAAAAGAAUGUGUAUUAGGUGAUAUCAUCAACACAGUAGUUUGGCAAAGUGAGCAAAGUAAAUGGCAGUUUAAGUUUCAUGUCAUGAAAAAUGAUGAAGUCCUCUGCCAGGCUGAAAUAGAAUUUUUCCCGAAUGAUUUUGUUUCUAAAUUAUAAUUAUGUAAGUUAAAUAUUUUUAAUUAUUCAAAUCAAGGUGUUUUUAACAAUUUAAGGCGAUGAAAUUUUUAAUGAAAAUAAUUUUUGUCCAUAAUCUCUGUCGCCACCUAGAGAGCAAAUCUUCAGUAAUCAGACCUCUUACUCAACUCUUAACCUUGAAAAUCUAAUUUUUCUCACAAACUUUGGCAUAAGCUGCUUUAAAUGUCUGUUGUAAUGCCCAGUCGUUUCAAUUAUUUUUUAGUUCCCUAGUUUGAUUACCAUUGUUAGAAGUCUAACUAUGCCAAACUCAAACUAGAACCUCUCUUACUUGAGUAGAUUGCUGGUUCCCUAUUGUCACAUUGACCACUAGUUGUGGCUUUCUGAGCUAAUUAUGACCCACGGGUAGAGCUGGGCGUUUCGAAUCGAAUUGUAAAUUAUUCGAAUCGGUUUAGAGCAAAUUUUCGAAUCGCCGCCAUCUUGUUUUACUCUUUCCGCCAAUGGUCGGGGUAAAUUUCUCAAUUUUUUUUUUUAUUGAAGCCAUA